AUGCGAAUAGAGGAAAAACAAGUUUGUUUUUUUCCGAUACAAGGGCUCGUACACCAUGGCAACAUCGCCACCGUCACGAAGCAACGGGCAUUCAAUAAGGCCAUGAUCACCCCAUUUACAGAAGUCAUAUUGAUCGAUGAGGCAGACAAGACAACACUCGACGUCGCUGACUGGAAAAUCCUAACGCAAGGAGGAUAUACCGCUCACGACGUUAAGUAUCAGACGGCUAAAGCAUUCCUUAACAAGUGCCUGAUGUUAGUGACCGCGCAGCGUAAGCUUGAUUUCGGUCCCGCUGACCAGCCAGAAAUGGAUAGACGUCUGCGCAUGUAUCAGUUCAAGACCUCCCGAAUCCCAAAGGAAGGGCGGCAGCUUAGCUCAAAAAGCUCGGCAUGGAAUGCGUCGUUUGGGCUGCUGAAAAAGCAAAAACAUGUGAUUACGACAGUGAGGAAGAAACCAAUACUGAGAACGACGAUGACAACGACGUAGAUGACGAGGAAGGUCUUUUGAAGGAGACAGAAAAGGAAGCACUUAGGUCGCUGUCACUUGCGAAUCCCUUGGCCACUGGCGAGAUUAACAUUGCACUUUCCACAGAUGAAGAAGAGGACAAUUGCAUUGAACAUGGUGUAAGUAGCACCUCGAUCGACCGCCUCAAUUUGUUGAGGGAAGCCGUAAGCAGAUCGCACCCAGAGAGUGUACGACACAGGCAAGUGCAGCACAUGCUGAUGGAGGAGGAGAGGUUACGAGCCGAGGAAGAGAAGAGAAAACGACAGCAGCACCUGCGGCGAAAAUCCAUGCUGAGGAAGAACGGAGUGAGCACCCAGAACGCAGAGUUGCUUCCGUUAGACCCGGGCGAGGAGAUGCCCAAUCCAAUUGUUCUUGAUCUCGAA